AAGUGAAAUGCCGUGAUGCUAAGAUGGCGACGAAUACAAAUGAAGGUGCAUGAACUUCACGGGCACACGCUGACCGUACGAAGGCUCGUGAACCAUGUCCAAAAUGGCGUCUGCAAUGGAAGGUUGGAGCUUGCUCAAGCAAGGCGCAGAAGCACGUGUGUACAAAACGGAGUUUUACACCAAGAAGGCUAUAGUAAAGGAGAGGUUUUCAAAAUCUUACAGGCAUCCUUCCCUGGACGAAAAGCUCACCCAUCGAAGGACCACGCAAGAAGUGCGAUCAAUGCUUCGCUGUAGGAAAACAGGAAUCUGCACUCCAGUGGUUUAUUAUGUUGAUUACACUACUCAUUGUAUCUACAUGGAAGAAAUCGAAAAUUGCGUGACAGCUAGAGAUCACAUCAACAAGCUUCUGGAUGAUCCUUCUGAAGCAUCUGAGCAAAGUUUACAAAGUUUUGCGGAGAAAAUUGGAUCUACAUUAGCAGUAAUGCACAACGUAGACUGUAUCCAUGGGGAUUUGACCACUUCAAACAUCUUGAUAAAAUCAGGUUUUGAAAAUAUCAUUCUAAUUGAUUUCGGAUUGAGCUUUAUAUCGUCCCUGACGGAAGAUAAGGGUGUUGAUCUUUACGUUUUGGAAAGGGCCUUCCUUAGCACUCAUCCAAACACUGAGCAACUGUUCAAGAUUGUUUUGGAAAGUUAUAAGAGGAAAGCAAGCAAGGCUGCAGAGAUAAUAAAGAAACUGGAUGAAGUGAGGUUGCGUGGAAGGAAGAGGACAAUGGUGGGGUGAACUAUCCAUCUCAAGUUCCACGGUAAUUAACAGAGUUCAGAAAAAAAUACAAAACUCUGGUCAAAGUACAUCUCAUUACUUUUUGACUCAUCAAUAUGAAAACUGUAGGAUUCUUAGCACAACCCUUUCACUCCUAGGACUGUGACCAAACGAAUGAUUAACAUCAACACAAGCCAGUGUCAAAGACAGAAAUCUUGCCUGCAGCGACUCAAGUUCAUUUCAUGACUUUUCACUUUAUUAAAAUUUACGUUAACAGUGCUUCCUUCA